AUGAAUUCCUGUUCUUUAUAUCACUGUGCCCUGCGCACCCUGAGUCUGGCAGUGCUUGUUGCUGGGAAUGUCCACCCAGAAUGUGAUUUUAUGGUGGAGCUGAAGAAAAAGGAGGCUGAAUGUCUGGGGGCCCCACAAGAGCAUGGAAAUGCAACAUCACCAGGUUGCAAGAGAACUUGGGACAAAUUGUUGUGCUGGCCAGAGGCAGAUGCUGGAGAGAUUCUUGCCUUACCAUGUCCAAACAUCCUCUUUCACUUCAUGAAGGAGCCAGCUGGGAUGAUAAAAAGAAACUGCACAAAAAAGGGCUGGUCUGACCCAUUCCCUCCCUACCAUGUGGCCUGUCCAGUAGAGGAUGAGAUUCCCCAUGAAGAACAAUCCUACUUUGCUACCAUAAAGAUCAUCUACACUGUGGGAUACAGCGUGUCCAUCACCUCCCUCAUCAUUGCUGUGACAGUUCUGAUUGCAUUCAGGAGGCUUCGGUGUCCCAGGAAUUAUAUCCAUGUACAGCUCUUUUUUACAUUCAUCUUAAAGGCUGUUGCCAUUUUCAUUAAGGAUGCUGUCCUUUUCCAGGAGGAAGGCAUUGAUCACUGCAGCUUCUCCACAACUGAAUGCAAGAUCUCCGUGGUUUUCUGCCACUACUUCAUGAUGACCAAUUUCAUGUGGCUGCUGGUGGAGGCUCUCUACCUGAACUGCUUGCUGCUCUCAUCCCUUUCUCAUGGAAGAAGAUAUUUUUGGUGGCUGGUUCUCUUUGGCUGGGGUUUUCCAACACUUUUCACCCUUAUAUGGAUAUUGACAAAAUUCUACUUUGAAGACACAGCAUGCUGGGAUAUUAAUCAAGGCUCUCCUUAUUGGUGGCUAAUCAAAGGACCAAUUAUAAUUUCUGUGGGGGUCAAUUUUGUCCUAUUUAUCAACAUCAUCAGAAUAUUGCUGAAAAAACUAGACCCUAGACAAAUCAACUUCAAUAAUUCUUCUCAGUACAGACGUCUCUCAAGGUCGACUCUGCUUCUAAUUCCUUUAUUUGGAACCCAUUACAUUGUCUUCAACUUCCUCCCAGAAUAUACCAGCCUGGGGGUUCGACUUUAUUUGGAGCUCUGCAUUGGCUCUUUUCAGGGGUUUAUUGUAGCAGUUCUCUACUGUUUCCUGAACCAAGAGGUGCAAACGGAAAUCGGCCGCAGGUGGCACGGGAAGAGAUACGGGCUGGUGCCAGUGUGGAGGAGGACCAGGUGGACUGUGCCCUCCAGCUCUGGGGUGAAAAUGACCACAUCUGUCUGCUGA